AGCCUGGCUUGAAGCUGCAGCCUGACUAGCAGCCUGUGUCUGUGAAGCCAUGGCAUCAAGCGAUGAUGAAGGGUCCGUGGAAGAGAAGGAGCCUCCCAAGAAAAAGAUCGGUCCCGUGGCCACGGCAUGGCUCACCUUUUACAACAUUGCCAUGACAGCUGGGUGGCUUGUUCUUGCCAUAGCCAUGAUCCGAUUUUAUGCGGAAAAAGGAACACACAAGGGUUUGUACAGAAAUAUACAGAAGACACUUAAAUGUUUCCAGACAUUUGCUUUACUUGAGCUGAUCCACUGCGCACUGGGAAUAGUGCACACAUCGGUGCUAGUAACAGGGGUCCAAGUCAGUUCAAGAAUCUUCAUGGUCUGGUUUAUUACAAGCAGUAUAAAGAAGGUCCAGAGUGAAGAAGGCGUUCUUAUUUUUCUUGUCGUAUGGACUGUGACAGAGAUCACGCGAUAUUCCUACUACACAUUCAAACUUCUCAACCACUUGCCAUACUUCAUUAAAUGGGCCAGGUAUAAUUUAUUUAUUGUUCUGUAUCCUGUUGGUGUUGUUGGGGAACUCCUGACUAUUUAUGCUGCUUUGCCCCACGUGCGGAAGAGUGCGAUGUAUUCUCUUAGACUUCCCAACAAAUACAACGUUUCUUUCGACUACUACUACUUCCUGAUCAUCGUAAUGUGUUCUUAUAUACCAUUAUUUCCCCAGUUGUACUUCCACAUGCUGCGCCAGAGAAGGAGAGUUCUGCACGGGGAGGUGAUCAUGGAGAAGGACGACUAACCCAAAUCAUCCAGGAGAUCUCUAAUCCUGGAUAUCCUUGUAUCAUAAACAAUGGACAUUCUUUUUUUUUUUUUUAAAUCAACUUGAAACUAUUGUUAUCAACUUUAUAUGUUACAGUUUUCCUGCUCUGUCCCUUUCCUUCUUUUUUUAAGUUUUAAUAAUAACCACAUCAACUGAUGGUUUUCAUUGGGAUUCCUUCAUGCUAUAGGUGAAACAUGGGCAGAAAAUCCAAAAUGAAACAUCAGCUGUAUAUUGUGUUUCUUGACUUUAUGUUGAUGGAUCAGCACAAAACGCUACACUGAGAUGCAGCCAAUAUCCACUUGGCUAAAGGUUUCCUAUAUGCGGUGCCAGGCCUGUGCAUGACCAACCUCAUUAACCAACAUGAAUUAAAUCGUUUCAAUGAAGCACAAUAAACACAUUCAGGAAUG